GUGUGUUACAGCGUAAAGCGUCUAGAAGUGUCAUGGCAGCUUCAGGUCUCUUUAAAACUCUGUUAUACACAGUCAACAAUCUCCUUCAACAACAGAAAUAUAAAACUGCUCUGGCGGUUGUUAAAGGCUUCAGGAAUGGAGCUGUAUAUGGUGCUAAAAUUCGUGCCCCUCAUGCCCUUGUCAUGACGUUUCUCUUCAGAAGUGGAAGUCUAAGAGAGAAGUUUAAAGCCAUCGCUCAGGCCACAUACACCCACUCCAGGAACUUGGCCUGCUUUGUGUUUACAUAUAAAGGGUUGCAGGGGAUCCAGCAGCACAUACAGGGCAAACAGCUUCAGUCUCACGCUUUCCUCGCUGCGUGUAUCGGAGGCUGGCUUGUGUUCGGAGAAAAUAACAACAUCAACAGCCAGGUGAGUGAAGAUAAAUAUGUACCUGCUGUCCAGAAUCCUCUUUGCUUUGUCCCGAUUGGCUGUGGAAAAGGGUUACAUUCCCCAACCCAAGAGAGAUCCCUUCCCAUUGUUUGCCACGCUGGUGUGGGGUAUUGUGCUCUGGCUGUUUGAGUAUCAUCCUCAUACACUUCAACCUUCCCUUCAGUCAUCCAUGAAUUACCUGUACCAUGACAGCAACACCUGGCAUGAUAUUACAGACUUUCUCAUUUAUAACAAACCAAAAACUAAAUGAACAUGAUAGUAUAUAAGAAUUCGACAAAAACAGUAGACCUUUUCAAUUACUUAAUUAAAUAGUUUAAUUAUCACACCUAUGGUACUGCACUUUGUGGCACAAAUAGAGAUGGACUGAAUUACUUCUGAUGUUUGUACAUUCUGUGGAGCAUAGCAGAUAUAAUCAUUAGCGCUGAACAACACUACAAUUACUCAUGAAAAUCAUGAAAAACCUUCAUGUUUUUGAGUAAAUCUCACAAAAAACAUGUCCAGCUAUGCUUAAAAUAGUAAAGUAUCCUAACAAAGUAAAGUAACUCAUCUUGUCAGAGAUAUGAAAGAAGUGCUGUCUGGAUGUUUGUAUCUAAUAUGAAGCAAUAUGAAUUCAGGUGCAUGUGUUAAAAGUGAUACUAUAAUGCAUAGUUGACUGCUAUGAAUCUCCACUUUCUGGUGUCAUAUUGCAUUGACUGAAGUUGUCUAGCAGUCACACAAACAAUGAUUUACUUUUGUUGUUACUAAUAAUUUUAUUAUGAGGGUCCAUAGUUAAUGCAAAAUUUUCACCACAACUGAACUUGGUGAGUUUAACCAGAUUUAUAUUUUAAUUAAAUUAACUUCUUUAACUCUGGGACCCUGUACCGGGUCCAGAAUUAUCUUAUUUUGACUUAAUAUAAAAUAUUCCUGUAAUUUUUAAUGGUCUAUCAUGGACCCAGUACCACAUAUGAGAUACUGUUUGAAAGCUUAGAGUCUCUACUUUCUGCAGAUAUGCAUCACUUUGAGAUAUCUUUCACUGUAAGAAAGUUAUUUACACUUAAUUUACACUAUCACCCCCCCACAAUUUUGUAUAUGAUUUUAAUAUUCACGUAUUUCAUAUUUUUCAAGUAUGACCAACAUGGGCAAGUCUUAUAUCAAAUGAAAGCUCUCACUCUCAGGAAUAAAGCUACAUCGUUAUUUUUGUUCUAUUAUUAUCACAUAUCCAACAAUCGUUGAAUGAAUAAUGAGGUAAAAUAUGGUCUUUUGUAAACAUAUGUGAAACUUGAGUGUGAUCUGCCUCAGAUAGCACAGAUAGCCACAAAUGAUACACCAUAUUUUAUCUUAGGUCCUACUCUAAAAAAUGAGUCCAUUCACAGCAUUUUCUUUGGUUGUGUGUAUAUAUAAUCCCUUGCUAUUUAUUAUAUGUGCAAAACAAAAAAUUAAUAUUUAUAUGAAAAAUGUAUUU